AUGGCGGAAUCAUCGAGCUCCGGGCUCCACCGCAUGCUGGACUCCAUUGGGAAAUGCGCAGGACAUUCAGGUUUUCGCGAGUGGAAGAUCAAGCUUCGACAAGCAAUCAUCCUCCACGCGCCGGAGCUUCUCUGCGUCCUCAACGGAAACGCGCGUCCUUCGGCGACCGCGGCGAACGCGGAGGAUGUGGCCGCGUGGGACAAGGCCAACGGUCGCCUGUACUCCCUCCUCUUCUUCGUGACCUUCGGGAAGCUCGGCGUGCGUGUCACAACGAGCUGUUCAACCUGCGACACCUUGCGGGCAAUNGGGGCGGCGGAUAGUGACAUGGGGGAUGGGACGGCGGCCUGGAGAGCUCAACACGAGCGUUUUGAUGCUCAAACCCAGGAAGCUCGGCGUGCGUGUCACAACGAGCUGUUCAACCUGCGACACCUUGCGGGCAAUGAUCCCAUCGACUUCUUCACAAAGGGGUGGGAUCUCAAGCUUCGCCUUAUGGUGCUGGGGGAGGAAGUGUCGAGCCCAGUCUACCUGGACAUCAUGCUCUCAGGCCUGACCAAGGCCCCGGAGUUCACGUUCAUCAGGGAGAUGCACUACCGUGACAAUAUUGCUUCAGUAGACAGUCUCCAGGCGACGGCCAACCGUAUUUUUGUGGACCAGCAGUCGCGGAACGCGUCGGGCCCUAUGGUCUCGGGACGAGGGGCCGCAAUGGCGGCCGCAUCCAGCUCCGACCAGUGCCAUCGCUGCAAGGAGUACGGGCCCUUCCAGCGCGACUGCCCCAAACAAGGACAGAAGAGUCGUUCCAACCAAGCGAAGAGGAAUGGAAAAAGCAAGAAAGGCGGUGGGAGUGCUCAGCCAAAGUGGUGCGCCUACCACAAACCUACGACACACAGCGACGCUGAGUGUUUGAAACAGCAGAAGUUACGCGAGAGCAAGCAGAAGGAGCUACAAGGGUUGGCCGCGAAUUCGGCGCUGCUACACUCCGCUGCCCAAGGACGCCUCUCCAACGUGGGGAGCGCCCACCUGGCGCACUCGUCGUCUCCAGCGGCGGCAACACAGGCUCCGGCAGAUACACCUUCAUUCGGGUUCUCCUUCAGCGCCCUCGCUGCUUCCUUGGCUGACACCGCCUCGUCGCCUGCCCCUUCCCAGACGCCUCCGGCGGCGUCUGCCACCGCUCAGGCGGUACCUACAACUACCUCAUCAUCGUCGCCUGCACAGGACCACCGCUUACCCGAAGGGUUUUUCGGUGCGUUCAUGGCGACCCCUGCCGAAUUGUCGGCGGCUCUCUUCCGUUCCGACGGAUCAUCCCUCCAGAUGCUGGUGGACAGCGGAGCCACCGACAACCAUAUCGACCCUGAGCUUUUGCCAGGCGUGCGAGAAUACAUAUACGAUAUCAAAGAAUUUCGGCCUCCAUUCGCGGUGGUCGGCAUUGGCCAUUACACCAUCAAGGUGUUGCUACUGGGGUCUUCCAAGGCAUCGUCGCGGACCACAGCGGAUCUGACAGGGCCGUAUCUCUCCGAGGGCGGCGCUGGGGGAAUGAUCGAGAACGGACCCGGCGGCCUAGCCCUGAAGGUGGAGUCGGCCAACCUGUGGCACAGACGCAUGGGCCAUAUCAACAGCAAGAGUUUGGACAUCUUGAGGAAGGCACCAAACAACGGCGUCGACCACACCGAAGACGUCAAGGAUUGCGGUCCCUGCGCGCUCGGUAAGAGUACCCAACAACCUCAUCCUAAGGAGGCCACCUACGACGUUAAGCGUCCUUUUCAGCUCGUUUUCGUUGAUACCCUCGGCCCCUUCACACCUACAGCGUUGGGCGGAUUCAAGUAUGCCACCAAGUUCGUGGACCAGCAGACCAAGUGGGCGGAGAUAGGUCUCAUGAAGGACAAGACCUGUUCUGUAGACUCCCUCGCGUUGUUCAACAAAGGGACCGUGGUUCCUACCGGAGAAGGCAUUCAUUGCCUCCGUGGAGAUCACGGCACAGAAUUCACGAGUGCGGAAUUCCGUCAGUACUAUCAAGACAUCGGCAUCAAGCUGGAGUUCGCCUCUCCGAACACCCCUCAGCAGAUCGGAGCCAACGAGCGUGCGGGUCGGACGAUUUUGAAUGUCGUGCGCUGUCUGCUCGCUGACUCAACUCUACCGAACUUCCUUUGGUGGGAGCUGAUCCAGACGGCAGUCUACCUGAGCACCCGGGUUCCUCAUGCAGCCCUGCAAAACGGGACGCCGUACAAGGCGCUCUACGGCAAGGAUGCCUACCUUGGUCACCUUCGGGUAAUAGUGUCAAGGGCGUUCGUGCACGAAGAGACGCAAUCAGGAAGCUGGAGCACCGUGCUUGGGAAGGACGCCUUGUCGGAUACAGCAUGGACAGCAAGUCGUACCGGAUCUACAACUCUGAGAUGCGACGUGUACGGGGACGGCUCCUUUCUUUUCAUGGAAUACGCGUACGCUAUGGGGGCAUCCCAACCGGAUGUUCCACGAACAGUUGAAGAGGCAAGGGCCAUGCCGGACGGAGAACAGUGGAACGCAACUGCAGAGCGCGAGAUCGCGAGUCUCAAGGAACGUCAAGUGUUCAAGCGUAAGGCAGACGGCUCCUUCAAGGGGCGUCUAGUGGCGCAAGGCUGGAACCAAGUGCCUGGACUGGACUGGGGCAGCACCUACGCUCCGGUGUGCAGGUUACAGAGCAUUCAGAUGUUAGCGUGCAUAGCCGUGCAGUUCAACCUGGAGUUGGAUCAAAUGGACGUUUCCACAGCCUUCCUCUACGCUGACAUCCUCGAGAACGUGUUCGUCGAACAGCCACCUGGCUUCGAGGUCAAGGACAAGGAUAGAGGUUUCGUUCCGCUCAAGUCUGACACUUGCGUCUACCUGUACGACCACGACGAUGUUCAAGUCUACCUAACGCUUUACGUUUACGAACUCCUUCUAGCCAGUAACAAAUCCAACGCCAUCUCGAUGAUCAAAAAGAAGCUGAAGCAAAGGUUCAAGUCGACAGACAUAGGCGAGGCGAAGCUUGUCUUGGGCAUGGAAAUUAAGGGGACCGCAACCAAGGGCAUUGUGGGGUGCCUGAUGUACAUCGCUCAAGUGCUCCGCUACGACAUCAUAAUCACAUACAAGAGUGAAGGCUUCAAGCUUGGGACCUUUUCGGACACCAACUGGGCGAAUAACCCGGACAACGGAAAGUCCACCUCCUGCUACUGGACGAUGCUAGAACAUGCACCGGUGAGUCUUAAGUCGGGGAUACAAGGUCCAGCUGCCAUAUCUACCAUGGAGGCAGAGCUGAUUGCAUCGGCACUAGCCAUGAAGGAAGCAGUGUUCUGUUCUAACAUGCUAACUGAGCUAGGGUUUGGUAAGGAGUUUGCGCAAGUGCCGCUGUACUGCGACAACACGGCGACGCUUCACGCGCUGGGAAACCGCUCCUUUAGCUCGAGGGAAAACCAUAUCGCACUUCGCUUCUUUUACAUCCGAGAGCUAGUAUUGGAAGGACGGAUAUCGAUCCAUUACGUCCCGACGGACAGCAACCUUGCCGACAUCGGGACAAAGUAUCUGAACAAGCAUUGGCUCAAACACCUGCUGGACAUCAUCAGCAGUUUCAACGUCAACGACUUCAUCAGCAACAAGUUCACGUAA